UUCCAAAAGCAUCAUCGGGGCGCCCUCGCUGCGCAUGCUCGCGGGAAGCCGGAUUCCGCGUCCGGAGUUGGUUUUAGGCGGCCGCGGCACAGCGCGCGGUGCGGGGCCGGCGGGGAGGCGCGCGCUCGCGGCGCGGCGCCGUCGACGGGAGCACGCGGCGCGCUGCUGAGGAGGGAGGUGUGGGGUCUGCUGGGGGUGGCGCGUGGCCGGGGUGGGGGUGGGGGGAGGGUCGGGUGUCGCCGAGCGCGGCAAGCGGGUUCCAAGUGGCUGCAGGCGGCCUGGGCUGCCGGGGCCGACGCCUGGGUGGCUGCUGCCGCCGCCGCCGCCGCGCCUGCUACGAGAUGGCGAUCUUGGGCGCGGAAGGGUGAGGGCGCGCGCCGCUGGAGGAGGCGCCGCUGCUGUGGCCGCCCGACCGCCGGGAGCCGACAGCUUUGCGCCGGGUUUGUCUCCUCACUAGACUAUGAGCUCCUUGAAAGAAGGAAUCGUGUCUUACUCAUCCUUAUAUCCCCAGUGUCUAGCACAGUUCCUGGUACAUAGUAUAAGCUGAAUAUUGGGACAUGGCCACUGCUUCACCACGGUCUGAUACUAGUAAUAACCACAGUGGAAGGUUACAGUUACAGGUAACUGUUUCUAGUGCCAAACUAAAAAGAAAAAAGAACUGGUUUGGAACAGCAGUAUAUACAGAAGUAAUUGUAGAUGGAGAAAUUAAGAAAACAGCAAAAUCCAGUAGUUCUUCUAAUCCAAAAUGGGAUGAACAGCUAACCGUAAAUGUGACCCCACAGUCUACUUUGGAAUUUCGAGUUUGGAGUCAUUAUACUUUAAAAGCCGAUGCUUUAUUAGGAAGAGCAACAAUAGAUCUGAAACAAGCUCUGUUAAUACACAAUAGAAAAUUGGAAAGCGUGAAAGAACAGUUAAAACUUUCUUUGGAAAACAAGAAUGGCAUAGUGCAAACUGGUGAAUUAACAGUUGUGCUUGAUGGACUGGUGAUUGAGCAAGAAAAUCUAACAAACUGCAGCUCAUCUUCAACCAUAGAAAUACAGCAAAAUGGUGAUGCCUUACAUGAAAAUGGAGACCCUUCAGCAAGACCAACCUCCAGGUUGGCUGUUGAAGGUGCUAAUGGAACAGAUAAUCAUGUACCCACAAGCAGUCUAGUUCAAAACUCAUGCUGUUCAUAUGUAGUUAAUGGAGACAGCACACCUUCAUCUCCGUCUCAGGUUGCUGCCAGACCCAAAGCCACACCAGCUCCAAAACCACUCACAUCUGAGCCUGCCAAUGACACUGUUAAUGGAGAAUCAUCCUCAUCUGCACCAACCGAUAAUGCUUCCACCACGGGUACUGCAAUAGUAUCUGAAGAAAAUGCCUUGUCUUCAAAUUGCACUAAUACUACUGUUGAAGAUCCUCCAGUUCAAGAAAUACUGACUUCCUCAGAAAACAAUGAAUGUAUUCUUUCUAACAGUGCAGCAUUUGGAUCUGAAACGAGAAGUACUUUAGACCUUGCUGCCUCUAAUUCUGGAAAUAAUUCUGCUUUUGAGGCAGCCAAAUUAAGACAGCCAGAUGGGUGUGUGGAACCUGUACGGCAGCAGUCUGGAAGUACCAACACAGAAACGUUGCCAUCAGGGUGGGAACAGAGAAAAGAUCCUCAUGGUAGAACUUACUACGUGGAUCAUAAUACUCGAACGACUACGUGGGAGAGACCACAACCUUUACCUCCAGGUUGGGAAAGAAGAGUUGAUGAUCGUGGCAGAGUUUAUUAUGUGGAUCAUAACACCAGAACAACAACCUGGCAGCGGCCUACCAUGGAGUCUGUUCGAAACUUUGAGCAGUGGCAGUCUCAGCGGAACCAAUUGCAAGGAGCUAUGCAACAGUUCAACCAGAGAUACCUCUAUUCGGCUUCAAUGUUAGCUGCAGAAAAUGACCCAUAUGGGCCUUUGCCACCAGGCUGGGAAAAAAGAGUGGAUUCAACCGACAGGGUUUACUUUGUGAAUCAUAACACAAAAACAACCCAGUGGGAAGAUCCCAGAACUCAAGGCUUACAGAAUGAAGAACCCCUGCCAGAAGGCUGGGAAAUUCGGUAUACUCGGGAAGGUGUUAGGUACUUUGUUGAUCAUAAUACAAGAACUACAACAUUCAAAGAUCCUCGCAAUGGGAAAUCAUCUGUAACUAAAGGUGGUCCACAGAUUGCUUAUGAACGCAGCUUUAGAUGGAAACUUGCUCACUUCCGUUAUUUGUGCCAGUCUAAUGCACUACCCAGUCAUGUAAAGAUCAAUGUAUCCAGGCAGACACUAUUUGAAGAUUCCUUCCAACAGAUUAUGGCAUUAAAACCCUAUGACUUGAGAAGGCGAUUAUAUGUAAUAUUUAGAGGAGAAGAAGGACUUGAUUAUGGUGGUCUAGCAAGAGAAUGGUUUUUCUUGCUUUCACAUGAAGUUUUGAACCCCAUGUAUUGCUUAUUUGAGUAUGCUGGCAAGAACAACUAUUGUCUUCAAAUAAAUCCAGCAUCAACCAUUAACCCAGACCAUCUUUCAUACUUCUGUUUUAUUGGUCGCUUUAUUGCUAUGGCACUUUUUCAUGGGAAGUUUAUUGAUACUGGUUUCUCUUUACCAUUCUACAAGCGUAUGCUAAGUAAAAAACUGACUAUUAAGGAUUUGGAAUCUAUUGAUACUGAAUUUUACAACUCCCUUAUCUGGAUAAGAGAUAACAACAUUGAAGAAUGUGGCUUAGAAAUGUACUUUUCUGUUGACAUGGAAAUUUUGGGAAAGGUUACUUCGCAUGACCUGAAGUUAGGAGGUUCCAAUAUCCUGGUGACUGAGGAGAACAAAGAUGAAUAUAUCGGUUUAAUGACAGAGUGGCGUUUUUCUCGAGGAGUGCAGGAACAGACCAAAGCUUUCCUUGAUGGUUUCAAUGAAGUCGUCCCUCUUCAAUGGCUGCAGUACUUUGAUGAGAAAGAAUUAGAGGUUAUGUUGUGUGGCAUGCAGGAGGUUGACUUGGCAGAUUGGCAGAGAAAUACUGUGUAUCGACAUUAUACAAGAAACAGCAAGCAAAUCAUUUGGUUUUGGCAGUUUGUGAAGGAGACAGACAAUGAAGUAAGGAUGCGACUAUUACAGUUUGUCACUGGAACCUGCCGUUUACCUCUAGGAGGAUUUGCUGAGCUCAUGGGAAGUAAUGGGCCUCAAAAAUUUUGCAUUGAAAAAGUUGGCAAAGACACCUGGUUACCAAGAAGCCACACAUGUUUUAAUCGCUUGGAUCUACCACCAUAUAAGAGUUAUGAACAACUAAAGGAAAAACUUCUUUUUGCAAUAGAAGAGACAGAGGGAUUUGGACAAGAAUGAAUGUGGCUUCUUGUCUUGGAGGAGCUCUUGCAUUUAAAUACCCCAGCCAAGAAAAAUUGCACAGAUAGUGUAUAUAUAAGCUGUUCAUUCUGUACAGUGAAUUUUCUGAACCUCUCAAAGUAUAAAUGUUUUUCGUUCUUCCACAGAAAUAUGCAAAACAGUUCAUCCUUUUCUACUUUAUUUAUUGUUCCCUUGAAGUGACUGACCAGGAAAAAGAUCAUCCUUAAAUUUUGAAGCAAGCAAGAGACUUUAUUAAAAAUAAGUAUAUAUCUAUAUAAGCAUAUAAGAUAGUGGCUCUAGUUUUAUAGAGCUCCAAGUAUAUUAAACAUGACAGCCGUUCAUUCAAAAAAUAAUCUGGAUUUGCUUUACCUUGUUUCUAGUAUCCAGAGGAAAAAGUACAAAUUGCUUCAUGAUCUUCUCCCUUAUAUAACACCUUUUGAGGGUGUUUAGUUGCAUGGCUGUUCAGGAAGGUAUUAAGGGCUUAGGCCAAAUCUUACUUUGAGUAUGUUAAAAAAUGCUGCUGGCUUUUCUGAAGGACAGGCAUUUGAACCUGUCAGCUGAUUUUAAAUAAAUACAAUAGUUGAAAAUUUUCCCUCUUUGCUACAUCACUAAUACAGUCAAAGUAAUGAAUGAAACCAUAAUGUACAUGUAAGUCAUACACUAUAUCUGAUGCCAUUUAGUUUAUUCUAGAAAUUGGAAAGAAUUCAUUAAGCAGCAAAGAGGUUUGUUUACAUGUAACUUUGGGAUGCUAGGUAUUUGUGGAGUUAAAAAGAAUCAGGUACUUAAGUACUUUCGUUUUUAAAUCUGUGAUGUUCUUUAAAUUUAACUCAUAAUAAAUUGAUGCAGUUUGAUACUUAGGAACAUAUAAUAAGGUAAUGUGAACAUUUUUGCUUUUGUGUUCAGAGUUUUGGUUUUAUAAAACCAGAUGGACUGAAGAGUUGUAUAAGCAUUUGAACACGCAAAUGAAAACUAUUUUCUAUUAGUGUUCAUAUAUCCUCAUUCCUCUUAAAUUCAUGAAAAUUUUAUGAUCUGAAUUAUAUAGGCAUAUUAAAGACUCUUUUGGUCCCCACCCCCCUUUUUACAUAGAUCAUUAUUUUUGUCCUAAUAACUUUUUAAUUUUUCAUUAUCAAGGGCAUUUGCUGAACUACAAAGAUGUAUAACAAAUUAAAAUCUGAUGUGAAUGAUAUUAAUGCUAUUUUAGCAAACUGGGCUUCCUUAUUAACAAAAAUUGCAAUUUCCAUUUGUAUCAUUUCAAUAUGCAGUGUAAAUUUCAGGAAGUUAAAAAUUUUUUUAUAACCACAAACUGACAUCUUACAAUGUCAUCUGUAACAUAUUUAACUGCUAAGUACAUAUGGAAAAUACUAGUAUACAAUUUAAUUUCCCUAAACAGUUUUUGUUUUGCCAAAAUUUUAUUUUUCUACAUACUAGAUCGUGUUCUGCACUUCUAUUCAAAGUUCAUAGUAAAGACGAAAUAAAGGCAGUGAUCCGCUAUGUUGAAUAGACUUCCUUUCCCACAUCCUCAUCUGACACUGGGCUAUCUUGAAGCAUAAAGCAUUAAAAACAAAUACUAAUGUAUAUGACAUUAUGUGAUAGAGGAUGACCAGUCUUCAAAGCGGCUACUUAAAUUUUACCGUAGAAAGCACCACUGCUCAAUGAAUUUUGCAUGAUAUGACAGAAGUUAUUGAUGAACAUCAUUCAGUGGAGGUGAGAAUGUGAGAAUACCAUUUACCAGAUUUAAUUGAAGACAGGAGGUUUUCAGGGUGCUGGUCCCCCCCCCGCCCUCACUUCAGGUAAGAAAUUACUGUGUACCAGUUGAGGCUACACCAAACUCACAGAGACCAAACCAGCUUUCUGAAGAAGGCUCUUUUGGAGAACUCAGAGCAUUCCACCUUUCAAACUCCAUAGAAAAGCAAGCCUACUGGCAGGAUUUUAUUAUAUCUUAAUUCAUACACUCAAGGGGCGGUGAGAGAAAACCAGCAUGUGGGUUGCCUCUCACCUUCUCUCCUCUUUUCCCAUCCUUGUCCUGUGCUGGGCUAGAUAGGCUCACUAUGCCUGAAAUGAAGAAACAGGCAAAGAAUGAGGCUCAGAGACAGAUUCAUAUUGUUAUUUCAUUUCAGGGACACUCAGCACCACCACCACCAAACUGAGCCCAGUGAAUGGGUAAGAGGCACAACAUAAUUUCUGAUUCCAUCAAUCAGAUUAAGUUGUCUGUCUUCCUAGGAAAGGAGCUCUAAGUGGCAGUUAAAGCUCAAAGAGUUAAUAAACCUUUUAACCUCACAGCCUUCAGUUAAUCACCUGCCUCCUAUUUUUUUUUUUUUUAAACUAGAUGGCAUGGUUAUGUGUCAAAAUACUACUAGGCAGUACUAUUUCUAUUAAAAAUGACCCUGACUGAUGUUCAUCUGGACUGGGAAAUCUACUUGAUAAUAAACCAUACCUUUGGAUUUGCCAGAGGAAAUAACUGCAUGUCCUUCUGAGGUCCCUGAGCUGUGACCUGUUCUUGGAGCUGUGUGAAUGCUCUGUUACACAGACUGCUGCUAUAAGCUCAUCUUCUAAAAUGUUAAGGAGUCCUGACAUUGACUUGCUGGUUCAGCUGUGGUUCCUAUCUUAAGCCUUCUGAGUAAGACUAGUACGGACUUUUAUUUGUUGAACCCUGGUGGAUGAUAUUGCAGAAGUCAAAAAUCAUCUACAUUUAAAUAUGUAGAUGAGAGAACAAAGGUUGUCUUGUAAAUACUCCCAGUUUAUUCUUAAUCUUUUGAACUUAAAAGUCAAACUUAAGAUAAAUGGUCUCAAGGGAAAAGCCCAAACCAUAUCAGAGAAGCCGUCUACAUUAAGGAGGCUCUUUUUUACUGACUUGUUUACUCCUCAAAGGAUAAAACAGUUGACUAUUCCCAGGGCAGUGCAGUGGGUCAGAACAAGGCAUUCAUUAAAAGUUCAUGGCCCUUGGCAAAGUUAUCCACCACUCAUUCUUUUUCUUCUUACUAUUAAACUUAAGGUACAGUAAUGCCCAGGUACACACAAUCCAAAAUAAGUUGUAUUGUAAAUACCACAUGAAGUUUUAUUAAAAAAACCCUCAAAUAACAUAGAAGCAAAAAUGUACAACUGAAAAAGUGGCAUCUCCUUAAUUCCAAAUUUUCUCUCCCAAAUCUCAGCUAAGAAGAAUACAUUCAGAUAACUGCAUUUAAAAAUACUUACUGAUAACAGUAUAUACUUUAUGUAUUCUCUUUCAUCCUCACAACUCCUAAGGUUGGGAGUUUUGCUUUUUCUUCAUUGUAAUGAUGCUUAUUUUAUAGAUAAGUGAGUCAUUUUUACAAAAUUCAGUUCAGUCUGUGAUUAAAUUUUCAAUUGGGAAAAUUUUGCUAUUAAUGGAGAGCUUUCAGAUUUUUUAUAGAAUAAAUCCAAAUUUAUUCUCAGUCCUCAAAGGAAGUAAACAUAUCCACAAGGCGAGGUAAUUAUAAUUACCUACAGCCCAUGUCUGUAAUAUGUUUACAAGACAGACGACUACAAACUUAAUGUUUACAUCAUGCAUGUGGGGAAAUAAGCAUCUCCAGCUAGCAGUCACAUCUGGAACACACACAGUUAAGUAGGGACUGCACAAAAGGGAGAAUAAUGGGGUCCGAGGAUUUGUUCCCAGAAAUAAUAGGUCUCAACUGUGAGUGAGGAAAUGCCAAGAACCAGUGUAAGACCUGGUAAAUCAGACCCCUGGGAAGUCCAAAGGAAGAGACAAAGUGCACACAAUCAGACUCUUAGGAAUGUGCAGCAUCUUGGGGGAGGGAACUAGCUAUCCCUUAGUUUAUAAGGGGGGAAAAGGGAAGAUAAUCGCUCUAUAAAUUAGGACCCAGCAACUGCACUCCUGGGUGUUAAUAUAACCUGUACCUAGUGUUCACAGGAGUCAAAGACUGGAAACAACCUAAAUGACCUUCAGUGAAUGGCUGAGUACAUUUAUACCAUGAAAUAUAAUCAGCAGUAUAAUGGAAUCAACUGACUAUAUGCAGAUGGAUUUCAAAGAAAUUACAUCAAAUGAAAAAGGCAGUUCUCAAAAGGUCACAUAAUCUGAUUCCGUUUAUAUAACAGUAUUGAAAUUAGUGGUUGCCAGGAUUAGGGAUGGUGGUAAGGAGGAAAAGUGGUGGAUGGAUGUGACCAUAAAGGGCUAGCAGUAGGGAUUUACACAAUUUGGUGGAACAGUUCCAUGUCUUGAUUGUAGCCUCAGUUGUAAAAAAAAAAAAAAACACACAUACUGACAAAAUUACAUAGAACACAUACACAAGUGAGGGCAUUUAGAAGUAAAAUCUGAGUAAGAUUUAUGGGCUAUACUAAUUACCUGAUUUUCAACUUGGAGGCAGAAGUUUAUCUCUGGGACCACUCUUAUUUCCCCACUCCCAAACUUCCUAUGAAUCUAUAAUGAUUACAAAACAAUACAAUUUUUU